CUGACGUCAGCGUCCGCUCCCGUGAUUCCUCCGGUAGAACCGGGAUGUGACGGACGCUGCUCAGCUACCGAGCCUCGGAGCGGCAGAUCGUGACGGUGAACCGGCGGACAGCGACCGCAGCGGAGGAGCCGUGACCGGCGGCAGCCCCCUGAAGGCGGCCAGAGUUCCAGAGGAGUUCGCAGGUUCGCCAGCAGGUUCUCCAGAGGUUCUCCAGAGGUUCUCCAGCAGGAUGAGUGGGGCGGCCCUCGGUAUGGAGGUGGUGGUGGUGUUCUUCUUGGCGCUGUUCCUGCUCCACCGGUAUGGAGACUUCAGGAAGCAGCAGCGCAUGGUUCUGUUCGGAACGCUGCUGGCCUGGUACCUGUGCUUCCUCAUCGUCUUCAUCCUGCCGCUGGACGUCAGCACGACCAUCUACAACCAGUGCAAGGUGGACCACAAGGACCACGACCUCGGCCCCACCCUCAGCCCUCCGCCAGCCAAUCACACGGUAGCAAACUCCUCGGUCACACCCACAAAAAGUGAUGUCACUUCCUGCUACAAGCCGUGGAGCUAUAUCCCUGAUGGAAUCCUUCCGGUGUUCUGGAGGGUCGUUUACUGGACGUCUCAGUGCCUCACCUGGCUGCUGCUGCCCUUCAUGCAGUCUUACGCUCGUUCUGGAGGGUUCUCCAUCACCGGGAAGAUAAAGACGGCGCUCAUCGAGAACGCCAUCUACUACGGAACCUACCUUCUGAUCUUCGGCUCGCUGCUCAUCUAUGUAGCCGUCCAUCCAGAGCUGCACCUCAGCUGGUACGAGCUGCAGACCAUCGGCAUCACGGCGGCCAACACCUGGGGUCUGUUCCUGCUGGUUCUGCUGAUGGGUUACGGACUGGUGGAGAUCCCUAGGUCCUACUGGAAUGCCUCCAGACACGGUCACCUGCUCAUCAAGACCUACUUCAAGGCAUCGAAACUGAUGACGGAGAAGGCGGAUGCCGAAGAGAACCUGGAGGACGUGAUGGAGGAGGUCAGGAAGGUCAGCGAGUCCAUCAAGUACAACCAUCCGCUGAGGAAAUACAUUGACACCAUUCUCAGGAAGUGCCCACUGGACUACCAGGAGAAGAUGGGCAGGAACAUGGACGACUACGAGGACUUCGACGAUAAGCAGAACACCUACCCCAGCGAGAAGAGCCUGGUGAAGCUGCACAAACAGGUGAUCUACGCUGUUCAGAGACACAACCGGACUCGAGUCCAGUGGCAGAUCCUACUGCAGCAGGCCAUCCACCUGGAGGAUGUGGCCAAGAACGAGACCAGUUCCACCCACCAGUUCGUCCACAGCUUCCCGUCUUCAGAGCCGGCCGGCUGGUUCAGCAGAUAUGUCUACACGCCAUCUGUAGAGUGGUACUGGGAGUGUCUGCUGAAGCGCUGGUUCUAUCGGCUGCUGUCGGUGGUUCUGACUCUGUUCAGCGUGGCCGUGGUCUGGUCCGAGUGCACCUUCUUCAGCACCAGGCCGGUUCUGUCCCUGUUCGCUGUGUUCAUCCAGCUGGCUGAGAGAGAUUACAACUACCUGUACAUCGAGAUGGCGUGCUUCAUCACCAUCUUCUUCCUGUGUACCUGCGUUUACUCCACUGUCUUCCGCAUUCGAGUCUUCAACUACUACUACCUGGCCUCCCACCACCAGACCGACGCCUACAGCCUCCAGUUCAGCGGCAUGCUCUUCUGUCGACUCACUCCUCCGCUGUGUCUCAACUUCUUGGGUUUGAUCCACAUGGACUCAGCCAUCUCCCACCAGAAGAAGGAGCCCACCGCCUACACCUCCAUCAUGGGAUCGAUGCAGGUGCUCUACUUCAUUGCUAACGGCUUCUACAUCUACUACCCCAUGUUGAUUGUCAUCCUCACCAUCGCUACCUACUUCAGCUUGGGAACCCGCUGUCUGAACCUUCUGGGCUUCCAGCAGUUUAUGGGCGACAACGAGAUGACUUCGGACCUGAUCGAUGAGGGGAAGGAGCUGAUCCGACGAGAGAAGAGGAAGCGACAGAGGAUCGAAGAUGGCGAGAACCGACGCAGAGAGUGGAAGGAGCGUUAUGGAAACCCCAGGGAGGACUUUACAGCGAGGAACCGGAGCAGCCAUGAGAUGAAGGAAACCAGCUACUCCGACUCUGUGGCCUCCCACACCAGACAAGCUAAAUAUUCUCGUUCUGGGAGCCGAGCAGAGAGAGAUUGUAUUGAGCUGCUGCAGGACGCAGAACCUCUGGACUUCAACGCCGACAGUCUGGCAGACGACGCUCUGGACACCGAGUCCACCAGGUACAGUGGGUCUUCAGCAGUCCUCCAUCUGUCCUCAAGGUAGACAGAAUCUUCAGUCCAUCAGGCAUGCUGGAGGACGUUAUCUGUCCAUGUCCUCGUCCUGGAACCGGAUAUUUGAUGACGUCUAGCGGGAGAAGAACCUGAGCAGAACCGUGACCUGGACCAUCUGUGUGGAGCUGCACUGCAGGAUGUUGUCCACCCAGCUCCCAGCAUGCAUCGCUCAUGGAGCUCCAGGCAGCUGGUGGAGGAACCUUCAGUCAGUAUGAAUGUGUGAACUGAGCACGCUCAGUAGACGCCUGUCACUUUAACCAGACCCUGCUUUAUUUAUGUUUUUAUCUUUAUGCUGGUGAUUAUUUAUGGCUGUUACCAUGGAAACCGUUCUCACUGAUUAACCUGCACUCGUCACAGUGAAUCUAUGAGUGUAAUUAAAGAACCGGAGAACUUUGACUUUAUCACCUGCUGCACUGACACUUCCUGUUUAGAGAUCAAUGUUCUCAUUUUAGAUUUGAUCCUGAAUGUCAGAAUUUCUCUUCAUCCAGAGUCAAAGAACGUAGAAGAGACCUUUAAAGAACCGCCUCACCUUCCAGACAGUCGCUGGUUCUCACAUGUUCCUCUGCAGAACCCAUACUGAUCACUGGGUGAUGAAGGAGAUCAAUAACUGAUGAAGGAGAUCAAUAACUGAUAUCUGAUCAAUGUUUCCAGUAAACAGAAGAAUCCAUCCUCAGUGCUGAUUGGCUGUGACUGGAGAUGUGUAACCAAUCAGAGGGAGCGUGUGGGCGGGGCUUAGCUGUGACCUCAGGCGUUUUUAGAUUAAUUUCAUUGGUCAGGAAUCUAAAACACGUUGAGCCAAUCAUGAGGAGCUGAGGACUAAUUCAGACGUUUAACCUGGUCCAGGUCCUGGUCCCGGUCCCGAUUCUGGUCCCGAUUCUGGUCCUGGUCCUGGUUCUGGUUCUGGUCCCGAUCCCGGUCCCGGUUCUGGUUCCGGUCCCGGUUCUGGUCCCGGUUCGGGUCCUGGUUUGGGUCCCGGUAGUACCAUGUCAGAUGUUGUUUUGCUGAAGGUGCAGAGAGGCGGAUGUCAGUUUAAACGUUCAGAGGAAAGAAACCAGCGGCUGCCUGGAAGCUGCAGUGGGACCGGUUCUUUAAGGUUCUUUAAGAUUGUUUAAGGUUCUGGUGUGGAUGAAGGCUCCCUGUUGGCAGGUUCUGCUCAGAACUGUAAAUAUGUACCAUAGGUUUUCUAUUUCCUCCUGUCCUCUGGUCGUAGUGUUUCUGGUGACGUUCUGAGUAUUUAUUGUCCGUCCUGAUCUCAGCAGCUUCUGUGGUUCUCAUGUAGUUCCAGCAGCCAUGGUUCCUCAAUAAAGUUCUGAAAUGUU